AUGAUACGCUCACUAGAAGGACGUAAAAAAUCCUGUGGGAAAGAACAAAAAUUACGACUUCCUCAGCUUACAAUAAAAAAUUAUUGCACAGUAGAUGACAUUGAAGAUGGCAAAUACUGUAAACCGGUAGCAAAGAAUUUUGAAACCAUUGAUUCCAUCUAUAUUGGAAAAGACUAUGACUUUACAUUUCAGAUGACAGUGGAAAGAACACAUGAUAUUAAACAAUAUGGAUAUGAAUUACUACAUGGGAAGCUAGGCGAUGAGUCAGCAGAUCAUACUAUCCGACACUAUUUUGUUGUUCCAAAAGAUACAUAUAAAAAUUUUCAAAAACAACCAUUCAUAGUGAAGAAGGAAGAAAGGGAUCAAUCAAAAAAUGUAGUGAAUGUCAAACAAUGGAUCACAAAAAGAAUAGAGCAGUAUGUAUUACUUUUAGAUGUUGGUAUCAAGAGCACAGAUUAG